AUGAAAUUUUUUGAAACAACCUUUGUUUUUGACUAUCCAUGGUAUCAGGUGAGCACGGCACACUGGAGAAAAUAUCCAAAUGAACGAGCGACACAUGUUCUAUCAAUUGAUACGCUACGCCGAGAAGUCGAUCCUGAAACAGGUGUGUUACGGACAGAGCGGCUAAUUGUCUGUCGGCAGUCGGCACCCCUGUGGAUUCUUAAGUUUGUUGGUGGCAAUGGUGAUUCUUAUGUACGAGAAGUCAGCGAAGUGGAUCCUCGCUCAGGGCACGAAACAUUAACGAUGCGGUCUGCGAAUUUAACAUUUUCACAUAUUGUUUCAGUUGAAGAGACUGUUGUAUAUCGUCCGGCUCCCCAUGAUCCUUUGCGUAAAACCCUGUUUGAACAAGAAGCAACAUUUCAAGCAACUGCAUCAUUUACACGCUUUGUUAAUGCUAAGAUGGAAGAAUGGUCGGUGCAUCGGUUUUCAACUAAUGCGAAAACUGGUCGUGAGGGUUUUGAAAGUGUACUUGCAAAUAUGGCAGAAAGUGUUUUUCGUGCUGAACAAGCUCGUCCCAAAACUCCUCAUCAUUAA